GAUUUUUGCUGUGAAUCCUUACUAUAGCCGACGGACAUAGACACGCACAUACAGUUGAACAAGUGAACAGGUAUAUACAAACAGGCUAUUUUUAGACACCGUAACUGAGACACAAUAGACAGCAGGCGGGCAAUGCAGAUAUAUACAAAAAUACAGUGAGCGCAAGGGACUGACGUCAUUUGUCUAUAUUGUGUUCUACUGCGAUGUGAGUUCGACGGCCGCUCCCCAUCCCGAAAAACGUUCUGUCAUUGCGCUGCUUUUAACGUAUUUUACCGUAUGUCCGCUUGCCUGCUACAUCUACGACUUGGUCUGCCCAGUGAAUGACUGUAGCGCUGCCGAAUCUAUUUAAAAAGACAUCAUUACUAUCAUUGAUGGAUGAUAGCGGAAACAUACCGAGCUUAGAUGUGCACUUUCGAUCUCGCUAAGAACGACUAAUUUGUUAGUGAAGCAAUGUUCCUAAAGUGAAGUGUACAUCGAAUCGUGGCUACAGAAGGAGGGAAUGUUAUAUUAAAUGUUUUAAUUCGGUGCGGAACACAAGGAAACGACGGCAGCAAGAUGGAUUCUUAUUCAAAAUUACUCAACUAACGAAAGAUUAAGGAGCUGCAUCUUUCCGUUAAACAAGCUCAAACAAUUCUUUCUGCGGUACGAACCCUGAAUUGUGAUCUGGCGACGGCCAUAUCUCGUAUUUGGUCAAUACUUAUUGAGUUAGCUGCUGACAUUGCAGCAUUAUAUUACUGAUAUUAAAGGCUGCACUAUUACUAUUCGUUUAGUUGUAUUGUUUAUGGUGCAAGCGCAAAAUCAUAAGCUGCCACCAACGCCGAUGGCUGACGAAGCGGCAAGACGGCGCGAACUGCGCCGCCAACGAAUUCUCGCCAAUUCAGAGAGUCGUCUCCAGCUUAUACUCAGUAAUGGAGAAGAUCGGGUUUCCCAUGACAAACCUUUUCUGGCGCCAGAUCAACCUGAACAGCCUCCAAUCGCGAUUGUUGCGAAUGUUACAUCUACCGAUGCCGACAAUCUACUAAACCCACAGUUGAACGCUAUUAGUCGAAAGUCGUCUAACACCAUUGAGACCUCCGAAGUCAGUCCUGGGCAUAACGGAAGAAUUUAUCAACUGCCAGGAAAAACAAUCGAACAAACUUUGAUUAUCGGUUCUCCCCCAGCCAACGAUCGCGUCGAUCGUGUUCAGUCAAAUUACAGUCCGAUCACGAACAUGGACUUUACAGACAUACCGUCAGACGAGCGACAACUAUUUGGAGGAGAUAUCUACGGAACAGCAGACAUUCUAGCUGCGGAACAGGUUCAAACAGGUGCAAAUUUCAGAUUACCACCGGAUGGAGAAUUUGAAAAUACUCCUUUAGCACAACUACUUUCUAAUCUGACGGAUAACGAUGAGGCUCCUCUCGUUACGUUAGCGAACCUAGCGGGUCGGUUGGGUCUUCCAGAAGCCGAUCAAAAUAUGAACAGGGCUAUAGGGGGUCGUGGUACAGCAACAGAUCGACAGAGUGCCGGUGAGAUUGCUCGCAGACGUUAUCAAGUUCUGUGGGAUCCUUGCCAUCUUCGUAGGACUUUGUUCAUUUCAGUUUUGGCUGUUCUGGCAAGAUUCGUGUUACCUGUUUUACCAGCAGACUAUGCGAUCAUGUUUGCACCUCUCUACCUUUUGGAACUUCUGUCGAUUUCAUUGUGUAUUUUUUAUUCUGUGCCGCUUAACAGGUCCCGAAUGUCAAUUGCUUUUAGUAUUCUUUUAUUCAUGGGCGCAUCACGGAAAUCAGUGCAGUUUGGUCAAACAUUAACAGCAUGUUUCGAGAUCUUCUUACGUGAUCUGUCCAUUUAUACGUUUAGUUUCUUUAUGGCUCACGCCUUCUGUCAGCAUGCGGACUUACUAGCAGUUACGACUUAAUAAUUCUCGCAACG